AGCGCCACUAUCGCGACGUCACUCGUGUAUCUAUAGUUUCCUUCUGUUUUGAAACCCAAGCUUAGUGAUAUAGUUCCUUGAGAAUUAUUGUAAAGGUGAUCAAGAAGUGAAUUAUAGUGCAAAUCUACAAGUUUUCUGCAAUGGAAAAGAGGGUCGCCUUGGAAUCCAGAGGGAGGAAUCCUUCACAGUUGAAAGAAUUAAAUUUGGACAAUUGUCGGAGCACCAAUAUUCUUGGACUCACAGAUGAAUUUGUCAAUCUUGAAAUACUCAGUCUCAACAAUGUGGGUCUCACAACACUUAAAGGUUUUCCAUCACUACCCAAGUUGAGGAAGUUGGAACUCUCUGACAACAGAAUUUCAAAUGGUCUAAAUUUCCUCAACGGUUGUAAGAAGCUGACACACUUGAACCUAUCAGGAAAUAAAAUCAAAGAUUUAGAAACUUUGAAGCCAUUGGAAGAGUUUGAAAAUUUGAAAAACCUUGACCUUUUUAACAAUGAAGUCACCUGUAUUGAAGAUUAUAGGAGUAAGGUGUUUGCAUUACACCCAUCAUUAAAGUAUUUGGAUGGAUUUGAUAAAGAAGAUAGAGAGGCUGAAGAUAGUGAUGCAGAGGAAGAAGAUGAAAUGAAUGGAAAUAACGACAGUGAAGAAGAUGAUUUGGACAUAGAUUUGGGUCCAUUGGUGUUAAAUGAUGAUAGCAUAUCUGAAAGGCCAGCAGAAAGCAGAACCUCUUUACCAAUGUUGUUGUACACUGUUUAUGGUGUACUAUUCCACAUGGGGUAUCUUUUGAAAAGUUCUGAUGUAGAGGAAGAAGAAGAUGAUGAGGACAUUUCACUUAGCGCAGUCUACAAUGAAAAUUUGGAAGAGGAGAGCUCUGCAAGCUCAAUGUAUGAGGGCAGUGACGUGUCUGAAGAGGAGGAUGUAGAUGAGGAAGAUGGUGAAGGUGAGAAUGAUGCAGACGGCGACCACAAUAAUAAGGUGCCAGAUGGUGAGGAGAAUGCAGAUGGUGUUCCCGAAGAAAGUACUCGGGGUAAAAAGCGGAAACACGAGGAUGAAGAAGAGAAUUGAGAGUUGCCUUAAGCGGAGUUAUCUUACUAGUUUGUAAGUGUACAGCGCUCCGAUGCAUCGGACAAUAAACCUGGGUCUGUACCAUGAUCGCUUAAAUCCACACCAUGUUCCGAUUCGAUGAGUGAGUGCUUUACACAACUGUUAAUAUAGGUGGCACACUCAAAAGAAUUGUGGAUUUUCGGGGUCGUAGUAAAGCCACAGAUCACAAACACGGUACGUGGCAGUCAUCCCCGUAGACUAGUUGUCAUUUGUGAGAUUGUUGUCGUAACCCGUCAAGGCUAAACUCACCAGCUUUCAAUCUAGUGUUAACACAUCCUUUGUGACACAAUAAAUUUUGAAAUGUUUUCUAUCAUUAAUGUUGAUGUCUAUUGUGUGAAAUCUGUAGUUUGUUGUCCGACAAGUUAAUGUUUCGAUUAAAUUGUUUAUUGUAAUAAUAUUUUUUUAUUCUAUUGACAUGCUUUUAAUUUUAUUCUAAUCACAAAUGAAAGUGCAUGAUUUUAGGUAUAAAUAAAAUAGCUCUCAUUUAUAAAUCUACUUAGCUGUAAGUGGAAUGAACAUGAACUAAUAUUCUCAUGCCCAUGGAAUACAAUAUAAAUUCGAAAGUGAGCUCCGCCUGUUUUUCGAUGACCAAAUUAGACUGAUAAAGACAAAAUUUAAUCAUUAUGUAUGACAAAAACGUCAAUUUCCUAUUAGAAAAUUAUUUAAAAAAAAGUAACCUUUUGUCGAACAUUGGGUGUUUAUUUAAAAAAGUACAAGUGGUGUAAUUAGUAUUAAAGCGGCAAUGUUUAUUAUGUAUGGAUAUGAACAAAAAUAUAUUAUACAUACUAUAAAAGUCAACUAUUGUCAUUUUGUGUGUUUCAUAAUAAUUUGCCAAUUAUUACAUAUAUCUUCAUUUUUUCGCAAUAUUUUUGUUCAUAAUAUGAAUAUGCGAACACUAUUAUUACACAUCAGAGUAAAAUAUUUCUACCAAAUAAAUUUGUCUCAUAAAAUUGGUAGAAAUUUGCUGUAAACAAUUUUGUAAUCUCACUAAUGAUAACUGAUAAUAGUGAUAAUAUACAUAAAUAUUUUCUAACAAAAUUCCAACGGGCGUAUUAUAUAAAAUAAUCCGAUUACUUUAGAUCAAAUCUUUGAAGUUUCAUGAGUUCAGAGAGUAUUUUUCUACAAUCUUUUUUAAAUUAAAAGAGCGAUUUAUGCACUUAUAAAAAUAAUAUCAAUGUUUGGUUGAUGCAUCAUGGUGAAUGUGCCAGAUAUGUUGAAAAUAAUUUUAGUUAAUAAUUUUAUUAUAUUAUGUAAGUCAUUAAGUUUAAGUAAUUUACAACUUGGCCUGUUGAUAUAUAUUAUAUAAUCCUAUUAAGACUUUAUUUCUGGGAUUGUAAAAUAAAAGCUAAACAUAA